AUGAUCUUAAUGUUCACAUGGCCUGCGUUUCCUGUUUGGUCUAUUUUGCCGAAAGAAAAGGAUUUAAAGCAACAAUUUUCCUGUGUGCCCAAAGAUACUAUUGUGAGCUUGUCUCCAAAUGUUCUCUUUACAGCAUACAAUAUAAUACUGUCAACUAAGCAUCCUGUAGAAAUACGCAAGGUGGAGGAUAAAGAGGCAGACUUUGCGGAACUUGAAGAAUUUUCUUGUGCCUACUCUUUUAUUUACAAUUCUUGGAAACAUCCCUUGGAGGACCUGCCACCUUGGUUGUGGGGCGAGAAAAGCGAUACAGAGUCUUUACAAGAUCGUUUAUACCCAUCCAAUAUUCAGCUUCGUUCAGCUAAAGAUCGGAUCCAGUGUAGCUUCGAUUCAUUGACGAACUCGGAUAUAAUCCGGGAGACAAUGAAAGACUCAUGGCAUAAGUAUCGCAAGAAGCUAACACGGAUGAUAGCCUUGAAUAUUGCGCAUAGCCUUAUGUCUAUUCUUAAGGCGGACGCACGUACCUAUUUUAAAGCUGAAAUCAAGACUUUCAUGAAAAUUAAAGAAUUUGCUGGAAAUCUCAAGUUUGAAUACAAAGGAUCUCGCAAGGAGACCAACCUGAGGAUCCAAGAGGUGCGAUAUAAGUGGCUUACGGUAGCAGAGAUGUUUUAA